CGUCCGAGAUCCGAAAUUUCGCGUGUGGCAGUUUUGAUUUCGUUUUCGGUGCGGUGGAGUUGUGCAGUGCAUAUUUUUGCAGCUGGAGACUAUUGCCGCAGAGUUUUCUUCCAGCAAAUCCUGGUGCAGUGACUCAUAAAAUUGCAUUGCUGAUUAGCUUUUGCGGAUACAAAAAGAUAGUAUUUUGAUCGACGAUUAGCAGGAGCAGGAGGAAGACAGCGAUGGAAAACCUAACCAUAAAAGAACUGUAUACCUCGGAUAAACACGGUAGCGACGAAUCCGGCGAUGGCACCGCCGAGAAACCCUUCAAAACGAUCCUCCAGGCUAUGCGCCAUGCUGGAAAGGAACCGUUUCCGACCAUCUACGUGGACGCCAAGGGCGAAAAGGCAGAAUCGCCAUUCGAAGUAGCGGCCAAAUCACAGCUGAAGAAGAUCCAAAAGCUGUGGGUCCGGGAGAGCUCCAAGUCUGCCGACAAGCAGAAGCGCGAAGAGCAAGACGCUGUUAAGCGUGAGCAAAAUUUGGAAGAGGCGAAAAAGAUCGCCAUCAAAGAGGAUCCGUCGUUGGAGCCAGCCAAGCUGAUCAAGAUCUUCAAGAGUGGUGAUUAUCGUAACAUUCGUGUUAAGAUCUACGGAUGGGUGCACCGGCUGAGACGGCAGGGAAAGGGUUUGAUGUUUUUAACGCUCCGUGAUGGGACCGGUUUCUUGCAGUGCGUUCUGAACGAUUUGCUGUGCCAAACCUACAAUGCUUUGGUUUUGUCAACGGAAUCGUCCGUCCAGCUGUUUGGUACACUUAAGGAAGUACCAAAGGGUAAGAGUGCUCCUGGAGGUCACGAGCUGCAUGUCGAUUAUUGGGAACUAAUCGGUCUGGCUCCGGCUGGUGGCGCUGACGCGAUUCUCAACGAGGAAGCUCUUCCGGAUGUGCAGUUGGAUAACCGUCAUAUAAUUAUCCGUGGCGAGAACACUUCCAAAAUUCUAAAAAUGCGAGAUGUGAUUAUGGAUGCUUUCCGUGCUCAUUACCAUGAUCGCGGAUACACGGAAGUAACGCCACCGACUUUGGUUCAAACCCAGGUCGAAGGCGGAUCUACCCUGUUCAAGCUUAAUUAUUUUGGAGAGGAAGCCUUCCUGACUCAGAGCUCGCAGCUGUAUCUGGAAACAUGUCUGCCGUCGCUUGGAGACGUAUAUUGUAUUGCACAAAGCUACCGUGCAGAGCAGAGCCGCACUCGUCGUCAUUUGGCAGAAUACAGCCACGUUGAAGCUGAAUGUCCGUUCAUCUCGUUUGACGAAUUGUUGGACCGCUUGGAAGAUUUAGUGGUCGAUGUCGUAGACCGAGUGCUCAAGUCACCAUGGGGAUACAUGGUCAAAGAACUGAACCCCAAUUUCGUUCCGCCUAAGACCCCGUUUCGACGUAUGAACUAUUCGGAUGCCAUCAUUUGGUUGAAGGAGAACAACGUGACAAAGGAGGAUGGAACGUUUUAUGAAUUUGGUGAAGACAUCCCGGAGACCGGAACGGAAAUGACCGAUACUAUCAAUGAACCAAUCAUGCUGUGUCGUUUCCCUGCUGAAAUUAAAUCGUUCUACAUGGCCAAGUGUCCGGAGGAUAAACGGUUGACCGAGAGUGUCGAUGUCCUGCUACCAAACGUGGGUGAAAUCGUCGGAGGAUCGAUGAGGUCCUGGGAUUACCAAGAAUUAAUGGAUGGUUACAAGCGGGAAGGCAUUGACCCCAAGCCGUACUAUUGGUAUGUUGAUCAGCGUGUCUACGGGUCGCAGCCCCACGGAGGAUAUGGUCUUGGCUUGGAGCGCUUCAUGUGCUGGUUGCUGAACCGAUAUCACAUUCGAGAGGUAUGUUUGUAUCCACGUUUCCUGGAAAGAUGCAAACCCUAAAUAUUUUUGAAACAGUGUACUACCAUUUAAGCAUUUAUUAUCUAUCUUAAGCUAUGAGGUUACCCUUUCGCAUAAGAUUACAGAUAUGACGUGAAAUAAAUCGGCUCUGAGCUUAGCGUUUGCUUUCAA